UCCGUCAUCAGCAAUAGGAGAUUCUGAAAUGAAGAUGAAACAGGAAAGAGAGUUAAAAGACGCAGCACAAAAGCUUGCAGCAUGCCAGGAGACCAUAUAUCUUCUUGGGAGGCAGUUGCAAUCUUUGCACCCUCAGACAGAGAACCACCAGACUCAUCACAGUGACAAGCUGUUGGGUGAAAAUUCUGCAGAAGGCAGACUGAAUCAUAGUGGUUCAAAGGCACAGGAUAUUCACCAUAUCGAUGACUUUGAUCGCAGUGACAGUGUAGCUUCUGCUGAUGUGCAAUCUGUGAGUGAGGAUUCCUUGCAUUAUAGUCAUUCCACACCAAGUCCCUUUGAUAAUGAGCCCAAUCUUUCAUCGAGUUCUUUGACGAGCUUGUCUCACCUCAGCCACAGGCGUACCAAAUCUACAUUCUCUGCUUCUACUCUUGAGCGAGAGAAACAUUUACGUAGUUUUGGUCGUCUUUUUCAUUGGAAGGAAGAAUGAGCAGUAGAAUUGUGCCAUCUAGCUUUUGUAUAGAUUUCCAGGUUUAUGGGAUAUAUGGCAGGCUCUGAAUUUACCAUAGCAAUUCGGCUGGCCCCAUCUGUCCUAGAUAUUAUUUCUUUCUCUUUUUCACUCGGAGUGCAGUUGCGGUUCUGAUCGGAACUCGCAGAUUGUAGAAAUUAUAGUAAUGAUGAAAUGAAAUGGCAGAUCUAUAUGCCCUUAUAAUUAA